AUGGACGAGCAACAGUUUGUUCAGCUGCUCCAGAGCCUGCUGCAGCCUGACACGGAUGUUGUCAAGAACGCCACGGCUGCUCUGAACAAGAAUUACUACAACUCGCCUGCUUCUCUCAACGCCCUGCUGCAGGUGCUUUGCGGGCACCCCGACAAUGGCCUGAAACAGCUCGCUGCCGUCGAGGCCAGGAAGCUCGUUGUCAAGCACUGGGCUGCGCUGCCUGACGACCAAAAGACCUCCCUCCGCAACCAGCUGCUGCAGUACACAUUGAACGAGGAGUCCAAGCUGACCAGGCACUCCGCCUCGCGUGUCGUCGCGGCGAUCGCUGCGCAGGACUUUGAGGAUGGACAGUGGGCUGACCUGCCCGGCCACCUGCACCAGGCCGCCACCAGCUCCACCGCACGACACAGGGAGGUUGGCACAUUCAUCAUCUGGACCACACUUGAGCAGACUGGUGACGCCUUUCCUGGCAAGCAGUCCGACCUCUAUGGCCUUUUCAGCAAGACCAUCCAGGACCCAGAGAGCGCCGAUGUCAGGAUCAACACUUUAAUCGGUUUGAGCCGCAUGGCUAUGCUGCUUGAGCCCGAGGAGGACCCCAAGUCCCUCACUGCCUUCCAGCAGGCUAUCCCCGCCAUGGUUGCUGUUCUCAAGCAGACCGUCGACGAAGGCGACGAGGAGCACGCCAUGCAGGCCUUCGAGGUCUUCCAGACUCUGCUCGGCUGUGAAUCCGCCCUUCUCCAGAAGCACUUUGGCGAUCUUGUCAGGUUCAUGCUCGAGCUCUCCGCCUCCACCGAGGUCGAGGACGACUACCGUUCCCAGUCGCUCGCAUUCCUGAUGCAGUGCGUCCGCUACAGGAAACUCAAGGUUCAGGCUCUCAAGAUUGGUGAGGAGCUUACCUUGAAGGCGCUGCACAUCGUCACUGAGCUUGGCGAUCUCUCCAGUGAAGACGAGGAUGUCACGCCUGCUCGUUCUGCCCUCGGACUGCUUGACAUUCUCGCCUCCAGCCUUCCCCCAAGCCAGGUUGUCAUUCCUCUUCUCAAGAACCUCGGCAACUACUUCUCCUCCCAGAACCCUGACUACCGCCAGGCCGGUAUUCUGGCGCUGGGUAUGUGCGUUGAGGGUGCGCCCGACUUCAUCGCCACUCAGCUCCACGAGAUCCUGCCCAUGGUCCUGCACCUCCUCGAGGACCCCGAGAUCAAGGUCCGCGCUGCUGCCCUUAACGGUAUUGCUCGCUUAGCCGAUGACCUUGCUGAAGACGUUGGCAAGGAGCACGCCAAGCUCAUCCCUGCCAUGAUCAAGAACUUUGAUCUUGCCGUCCAGAAUGCACCAAGUGCCGACGAUGAGCGCACCCUUGCCAUCGUCCGUGGCAGCUGUCAUGCCAUCGACUCUCUCAUCGAGGGCCUUGACCCCGAGGAUGCUGGCAAGUACGUUCCCGAGUUGGUUCCCCGCUUCAGCAAGCUCUUCCACCACGAGGAUCUGAAGGCCAAGAGCGCUGCCAUUGGUGCUGUUGGCUCCAUUGCUUCUGCUGCCGAGAAGGCCUUCUUGCCUUUCUUCCAGCAGACCAUGAACGAGCUGUCUCCCUACGUCAGGAUCAAGGACAGCCAGGAUGAGUUGGAUCUUCGUGGCGUCACAUGCGAUUCUAUGGGCAAGAUCGCCUCGGCCGUUGGCCCUGAGCCCUUUGAGCCCUACGUUCUGCCACUGAUGGAGGCUUCUGAGGAGGCACUUCAUCUCGACCACCCUCGCCUGCGCGAGACCAGCUACAUCCUCUGGAGCACCAUGGCCAAGGUCUACGAGGAGGGCUUCGCCAAGUAUCUCCCGGGUGCGAUCAAGGGUCUCAACGAGUGCCUUGACCAGGAUGAGACAGGUACCGAUGUUGAGCUUGGCGAGCACGCCAGCGAGCUUGUUGGCCAAGAGGUCAUCAUCGAAGGCCAGAAGGUCAAGGUCAUGUCUGCAGGUGAAGAUGAUGACGAUGACUACAGCGACCUGAACGACGCCAUGGCCGAUGACGACGACUGGGACGACCUUGAGGGAGUCACUGCUGUUGCUAUGGAGAAGGAGAUUGCCGCCGAGGUUUACGGCGACAUCAUCACCCACACCCGUCGCGAGUACAUCCCCUACCUUGAGGAGACCGUCACCAAGCUUCUGGAGCUUGUCGAUCACUCGUACGAGGGUAUCCGUAAGGCUGCUCUUGGCACACUCUGGCGCACCUUCGCCUGCCUCUUCGGCAUGGCUGAGGGCGACGGCAUGGCCAAGUGGGUACCUGGCCUUCCUCUCAAGGUCGAGCCCCCUGCGGAGCUGAAGAAGCUCGGCAAUCUUGUCAUGACUGCCACCAUGGCUACUUGGCAAGAUGAGAUGGACCGGGGCACUGUCACCGACAUCAACCGCGAUGUUGCUGCCACUCUCAAGCUUUGCGGUCCUGCCGUCCUGAUGACCGAGAACGGCACUGUCGUUCCUGACCUGUGCCAGCAGUUGCUUGCCGUCAUCACCAAGCGCCACCCCUGUCAGCAGGAUCUUGGUGACGAGGCCGACGAGGAUAUCCUUGACGAAUCCUCUGAGUACGACUGGUUGGUCAUUGAGACUGCUAUGGAGGUCGUUACUUGCCUUGCCGUCGCUCUUGGCGGACAGUUCUCCGAACUCUGGAAGAUGUUCGAGAAGCCCAUCAUGAAGUACGCAAGCAGCCAGGAGUCCACGGAGCGCAGCGCAGCUGUUGGUACCAUCGCUGAAUGCGUUGGAAACAUGGGCGAGGGCUGCACGCAGUACUCGACUGGUCUGCUCAAGCUUUUGCUCCACCGUCUCUCUGACGAGGACCCGGAGACCAAAUCCAACGCUGUGUACGGCAUGGGUCUCCUGUGCGAGGCAACUGCCAACGACGACGAGAUCGUCAAGAAUCUCCCUACCAUCUUCUCCAAGAUUGAGCCCCUUCUUGACGCUCAGGACCAGGCUCGGCUGUUGGACAACACUGCUGGGUGCGUCAGUCGGUUCAUCUCCAAGCACACGGACAGGCUCCCCGUCUCGGAGGUUCUCCCUCGCCUCGUCCAGCUCUUGCCUCUCCGUGAGGACUACGAGGAGAACAAGCCUGUGUUCGGCAUGAUUGUCAAGCUGUACCAGAGGAACGACGCUACCGUACAGCAGCUCACGCCCAGGCUCAUGCCCAUCUUCGAGCAAGCGUUGAGCUCUGAGGAUCAGCUGGAGGACGAGACACGCGCGCAGCUCACUGAGCUUGUUCAGUACCUGCGCAGCAAGUAG